CCUUCUAAGAUGUCAGAUAGUGAGUGGACUUAAUCUCUCGAUCAUCCUGCAUCCGAGAGAGGCGGUGCUCAUGCUCGAUCUUCCGAUCCACCGAUCGAAAGAAGCCAUUGUUCGGAAAUAAUAAUCGGUUUAAUCAUGGAAAGGGAAACCCGUGGAAAAAGUUGGUGUUAGACAGAGUAAAAAUAAAUCGCAAUUGUGGUGAUGGUGCUCUUCGUUCAAGCAUCCCCGUUCUUCGAUCGAGGAGUCAUGAAGUCACGUGGCUCGAGGCUGAGUUGCCUUCGCAGAAUUGGUUACGCUUUAUUGGUGACCAUCUUUUGUCUCUCGUCGACCACGUCCACUUCUCCUUUUAAUUCGAACAACAACAACUCGACGUACGUCGAGAGAUGCCGAGCCGAUUGCGCGUCGCACAAGGAUCUUAUAACUUGCGGCAAGUUCAGGGUCGUUAGAUGGUUGAACGACAUCGCGAGGGAGAAGGAAUUCAAGUACGGCGCGAUCCGCAUCGUCAGAAUCCCGUCACUGUCGCAGCAACCGGUUAUCCCGAAAUUGCCCGAGUCUCGUGCGUUCAAGACCGGCAUAAUGGAGGCCUUGAACUUCGUCAGGGACACGGCCGAGGAUCUUAUUACGAAACGAGCUCUCGUUUACACGAUCGACAACACGGUUUCCGCGAGAAGUUUCGGGACAAUGCCCAUGAUCGUGGACGAGGACCAACUCGCUCGGAUGGAGAGCAGAGGCAUAUCCGACGCUGCUUGGCGAGGGAUCAAGCACAAGAAGGCUCUCAUCCUCCCACUCUUGAUCCUCUUCAAAUUGAUGAAGCUGAAACUUUGGAUCGUGCCGAUCUUCCUCGCCGUUCACUUCAUCAAAAAGAUUCUAGUGAUCGCCUCGAUCCUCCUCCCGAUACUGUUCACGCGUCUCAAGAUCUGCAAAGUGUCGCAGCCCCAUCAUCAAGGUUACCCCCACCACCUGUGGACCACAGCAGCCGAAGCGCCGAUCGAUUAUCCGUCAGGAUACGGAGAGGAGGUCUGGCCGUCUCACAGAAACGACUACCAACAAGGUCCUCCCUAUCUAGCCUACCGCAACCCGUAUGGAUGAGAAAGAACGGAAGGAAAACUCGAAAGAUCAUCCGAGGCAAAUCUCGUGCCAAAUCUCGCUUGGACAAACAUCUUUCCAAUCCUUUCUUUCCUCUUCCACUCGCGCCUCCUUCUUCCCGAACACUUUCUUAACGAUAAUAGGGUACAUCGUAUUUAGCGGCGAUUAUCGAUCGCUUUCCACCCGGCGAGAAAUGACUUUCACACGUUGCCGAGUACCGUUACCAAUAUUUGUAACGAGGCGCACGUAAUCGAGGAUCAUAAGCGGCGAGUGGGUUUUUCUUUUUCCUCGCGGAUUCGCGCACACGUCACGCGAGUUAUUCGAAUUUCUCCAAUUGAUUAGGUGUACCGUAAAUCCAGAGGAAUUCGCCAACGACCUCGCGUGAUGCCCACUUCCGGGGGAGAAGACACGUACGUUUGUGAAUCGUCCACGAUGGAUUCGGAAAGAAAAAAUUGCUUAAAAUUCUUUUAUUAUUCUUCGAAACGAUCGAAUUAGUUGUAAUUAAUUUCUAGUACCUAUAUGUAUAUUUUUACAAAAUAAAUUGCUCUACUUGGUGUAA